AUGAAAAUUUCGCCCAUCUGCCCAUCAUGCUCAAAUGGUCCAGAAGACACAAAACACGUCUUGUUUCUGUGUCAGAAGGCGAAAGAGGUUUGGAACAAGUUAGGAUUGUAUGAGGUGAUCAAUAGAGCUUGUAGUGUCGAUCGGGCGGGAGAGGCAGUUCUUGAAUUGUUACUACUUAUGCCAGACCAAGAAUUAUUUGUAUUGGGACUCCAGAACGUACGUGAAUUGAUUGCUAUAACAACUUGGUAUCUAUGGUGGGAUAGACGUAAACUGGUUCAUGAAGGAAAGUCUCAAGAUGCACAUCAAACUUCGAUGGGGGCUCGUGCCAUAACGGCGAACUAUGUUAAUGCACACUCCUCUAAGGCAACCAGUAAAAUAAGGGGAUGGAGCAGACCUCCUAUGGGUUUUGUGAAACUAAAUGUUGAUGCUUCCUUUGAUCACGAUCUGCUUAGGAGCACGGCAGGGGCUGUCCUCAGAGAUGACAAAGGAAGGUUCAUUGUUGGCGGAAAUUGA